CCCGGCGGGGGUCUGCCCCGGGGCCGGCGCUUCACCCGGCGGGAGGCUUCCGCCUGCCCCUCGCCCCACCUGCUGUGGGGCCGUCCCGGGCCGUGAUGCCGCCACCCAGGAGGCAGCGGGCCGCCCCGGUGGGGCCGGGGGCGCGGCGAGCCGGCUCCUCCGCCCGGGGGCCGCAGCGGCCAUAAAGGGCCGGGGAAGGGGCGGCGCGGCGUGGCACUGCGGUACCGGGGCGGCCGGCUGGCGGGUGAAUGCGGCAGAGGGGAGCGGCUGUAUCUGGCGGCAGCAGCUCCUCCCUCCGCCACCGCUUCCUCCUCCUCUGUCGGCGGCUUCUGACAGAGGCUUCCCGGCCGGCGGGAGCGCCGGUGGCGGGGCUCGGCCCGGCCGUAGCAUGGCUUUCCCCGCGGCGCUAGCCGAGAUGCCCAGACAGUUUCCAAAGCUGAACAUCUCUGAGGUUGAUGAGCAUGUGCGACUUCUAGCAGAGAAGGUAUUUGCUAAAGUUCUCCGAGAAGAAGACAGUAAAGAUGCCUUGUCGCUAUUCACCGUGCCUGAAGACUGCCCUAUUGGGCAGAAGGAGGCCAAGGAGAGGGAACUACAGAAGGAACUGGCAGAACAACAGUCUGUGGAAACAGCUAAAAGGAAGAAAAGUUUCAAGAUGAUUCGAUCCCAGUCUUUGUCAUUACAAAUUCCGUCUCAGGAAUGGAAAGCACCAUCAGCCAAUCCUGUUCUGUCUCCUGCAACACCAGUUCUUCCAAGUGGUUUUCUGCCAGUCCAAGUGCCAUAUGACGUACCAGAGUUUCAGAGAGUUUCAAUUAGUGGGGACUACUGUGCAGGGGUUACAGUUGAUGAUUAUGAACAAGCUGCCAAGGGCCUGGUGAAAGCUCUUCUCAUUCGAGAAAAGUAUUCACGUCUUGCCUACCAUCGUUUCCCAAGAACAACAUCUCAGUAUUUGUGUAGCAUGCAAGAUGAAAAAUGGAAGGCUGAAGAUGAAGUGUGUCCAGAUUUCCAUUCACCCCCAGAAGAAAAUGAAGAUCCUUACAAUCUUGAUGAUGCUCCAGAUAAUUUGGAUUAUGUUGUCAAAAUAAAAGGUGGCAUUCCAUUUGUUUAUGAUAACAAAGAAAUGAUGGAACUCAAUGAGCCUCGGAGUCUGCCAUAUCCUGACCUGGAGACCUAUACCCUUGACCUGAGCCACGUCCUUGCUCUAAUUGCUGAUGGCCCAACAAAAACAUAUUGUCAUCGGAGGCUUAACUUUUUAGAAUCAAAAUUUAGUUUACAUGAGAUGUUAAAUGAAAUGUCAGAAUUUAAAGAACUAAAGAGUAAUCCUCAUCGAGACUUUUAUAAUGUGAGAAAGGUUGAUACUCAUAUCCAUGCUGCUGCUUGCAUGAACCAGAAACACUUACUGAGGUUUAUUAAGCACACCUAUCAAACGGAGCCUGACAGGAUUGUUGCAGAGAAAAAAGGCAAGAAAAUGACUUUAAAGCAAGUCUUCGAAAGCCUUCACAUGGACCCUUACGACCUCACUGUAGACUCUUUAGAUGUCCAUGCAGGUCGUCAAACAUUUCAUCGAUUUGACAAAUUCAAUUCCAAGUACAAUCCAGUUGGUGCCAGUGAGCUGAGGGACUUGUAUUUGAAAACUGAGAACUACAUUGGUGGAGAAUAUUUUGCUCGUAUGGUCAAGGAAGUAGCCCGUGAACUAGAAGAAAGUAAGUACCAGUAUACAGAACCCCGCUUAUCCAUUUAUGGACGGUCUCCAGAUGAAUGGCUGAACUUGGCAAAAUGGUUCAUUAAGCAUAAAGUUUAUUCCCCUAAUAUGCGCUGGAUAAUUCAGGUUCCCAGAAUCUAUGACAUAUUUAGGUCAAAAAAUAUUCUGCCUAGUUUUGGGAAGAUGUUGGAGAACAUCUUCGUACCUUUGUUUGAAGCAACAAUCAAUCCCAAAGAGCACAAAGAAUUGCACCUUUUCCUCAAAUACGUGACUGGUUUUGACAGUGUUGAUGAUGAAUCCAAACAUAGUGGCCAUAUGUUCUCUGACAAGAGCCUUAACCCUGACCUCUGGACCAGCGAGAAGAAUCCCCCGUAUAGCUAUUAUCUGUAUUAUAUGUACGUGAACAUCAUGUUGCUAAACAACCUUAGGAGGGAAAGAGGCAUGUGUACUUUCCUGUUUCGACCUCACUGUGGAGAAGCUGGGUCUAUCACACACCUUGUGUCAGCCUUUCUGACAGCAGACAACAUUUCUCACGGAUUGCUCUUGAAGAAGAGUCCUGUCCUCCAGUAUCUUUAUUAUCUUGCACAAAUACCCAUUGCUAUGUCUCCACUUAGUAACAACAGCCUGUUCCUCGAGUACUCGAAAAAUCCACUACGGGAAUUUCUACACAAGGGACUUCACGUCUCCCUCUCCACAGAUGACCCUAUGCAGUUUCAUUAUACAAAGUGUUGGCUGUUGAAGUAUAGAAUGAAGGAUGAGGCUGAAGGGAGGUUUGAGCCUUCAUAAACAAUCCUCUAGAGUGCCAGGAAAGUCCAGUUUCCUUACUAAUAAAUCUGGGGAAGUACAUCACAAAAACACGAUGCAGAAUCUCGGAAGAUGACGUAUGAGCUGUUUGCUCAGUGAACUGAAACUGAUUCUUGCCCUUGGGUGGCCUGGCAGGACAGAAGUGCCUGGCCACUGCUCUGGAUGCCCUGGUUUUGUGGUUGGCACUGACCCGAGUCAUGCUGUGCCUUGAGAGUGGCCUGUGUGCUGCUCACUUGUCAGUGUCCUGAGGACAAGCUGAGCUCUGGUGUGCUUCACCCAGGCUGGCUUCUGGCCUGUGACACAUCUCUGCUGGAAAAGCCAGAGCUUCUGUGGGGGCUUUCUGCAUGACGUAACGCAGUGCCAGCAGGGUUACACGUAGUGUGGAAGAUCCUCAGCUGUGAGCCCACUAGAGUCAGACCCAGCCUUCUCGUGUGGAAGGUCAGAACUGAGAAAUUGCCCUGCUAUCUCUCUACGUACUAUUCGUUACAGAUUUACUAGAUCCUCCGAGGUGUUUAUAUACCCUGGGAUCUCAUUUGAAACUGUCUAAGAAAUGUUUCUAAGGAUCUGGACUGCAGGCUGCAAUUUCUUAGACUAAGAGAACUGGAUACCCAGUGCCUGUUAAUUAUUUAACAGUUGCCCUUGGGAAAUUUGAAAUAAACAAUUCUGCUACUAAUUGUGAUGUUAAAGUCCUAAACUUCUAAUUUUUCACAGCUAUCUAAAGAGCAUGUAGAAAUUCCUUGAUUUGUAAUGAGUACGUAUCCUCAUUCACAUCUUAUUUAUGUGUAAUUUAAUAUUAAACAUAU